UCCGAAAAUAACUGUGCUCUGCCUAUCGCACAACGCUGCUGCCUGCUGCAACCUCCAGCAGCAAGCAACCUCCAGCAGCAAGCAAGCAAGCAACGCCGUCGACAAGACACAAAACACCGCUUCACCCUAAAAGAUUUAAAAAACACACGCGCGCGCGGACAGAGGACAAAAACAUGGGCACUCCGCAGAAGUUUGUGUCAAAUAUAGAAGAAGCAAUGCUGUUGGAAAUAUUGAAGAAGAAGUUGGCAUUUCUGUCGGGGGGCAAAGAUCGCCGCUCCGGCCUCAUCCUGACGAUUCCUCUCAACUCGGAUCAGAACAACAUCGACGAGAUCAACGUGACGCUUAACUACCUCCUCAGUAUUCCCAGUGAGAAGUGCAAGUCCCGUGGCUUCACCGUGAUUGUCGAUGGGCGGAAGGCUGCGUGGAAUCUGGUGAAGACGGUGGUGCUGACGUUACAGAACGUCAUCCCGGCGGAAGUGUCCCUCGUGUGCGUCGUGAAGCCCGACGACUUCUGGGACAAGAAGUUCACGCACUUCUGCUUCUGGAAGGAGAAAAACAGGCUUGGCUUUGAGGUCAUCCUGGUGUCCGCUAACAAACUGACGCGCUACAUAGAGCCAUGUCAGCUGACGGAGGAGUUUGGAGGAACGCUGAAGCACAAUCACGUGGACUGGGUUUCUAAGCGCAUGGCGUUUGAGAAGUUCGAGAGAGACUCCUUGACGCUGCUCAGCGAGAUGGCGCGAGUGAUGAACGGAACGAAAACGUCAAACCAGCAGAGUGGAAAUCUACCCUCGGACGAGCACAUGCUGUCUGGCGACCCCGAAGCCUAUGCUGAAAAUGGACGCCAGCUGCUCCUGGACCUGCAGCAGAGUCAAGGGCCGCGGGCCGAGGAUGACCUGGUCCGGUUUCCCGUGGAGGGCGAGGUGACGGUCCAGGCCAGGGUUUUGGAGCUGCUCGAUGCUGUGCACUCUCAGCACGAGAAGUGCCGUGAGAUGUGCCGGCAGCAGAGUCAGCUGAUUCGUCUGGACGACCUACGGCAGAAGAUCACCGAGGUUGUGAACUGGUUUGAAGGCCCAGGGGCUGAUAUGCUGAAGGAGCAGCGAGGCAUCGGAGACUCGGCGCGCGCAACACAAGCUCUGCAGCAGAAGCAUGAAGACAUCGAGAACUUGUACACGGAGUGGUUCGCCGUCUACGUGGACCUGGGCCAGCAGAUCUCGGCGCUGCUGUCGGCGGCCGAGACGGCGGAGGGGGAGGAGGACGAGGGGGGGGUCGGCGGCUCCGAGGGCAGCUCGGAGGAGCUGCAGGCGCUGCAACAGCGGCUCAACGACGUGUGCUACCGGCACGCCAUGCAGCUCGAGUACCGGCAGAGCCUGCUGCAGGCCGCGGCGGACUUCCACAGGCUCUCGCAUGACUUGUCGCACAAUCUGGACGGGCUGCUGGGUGUUCUGUGCACGGACGUUCUGCUCGUUGACGGUACCACGGCGCAGCAGAGCCUGCGCGUGCUGGAGGAGAAGCUGCAGACCGUGGAGGCCGUGUCACAGGGGCUGCAGGAGAAGAGCCAGGCCCUGUUGGAGCUGCUGGGCAGCCCCCCGCCGCAGGCCACGUGGCGCGGGGAGCCUGGCUCCGGUGACGGCGGCGAGGCCGACACCGGCACCCACGUGCACGCACUCAUGGACGACAUGCUUCUGCGCAAGAAGAGGUGUGAGGACAUGGUGGACGUGAGGAAGCUGAAGCUCCUGCAGAUCAUCCAGGUGCUCAAGUGCGAGGACGACGCCUCCCAGGCGGUGGACUGGCUCGGGGAGCUGCAGGACGCGAUGCUCAAGACGCACACGCAGCUCGGGGAUGACUCGCGCGAGGUCGAGGCGCUGCUGGAGAAACACAAGAAGUGCCACGACGUAGCCCAGAGCACGUACGAGUACGGGCGGGAGCUGCUGCAGGCGUCGGUGCUGAUGCGCAAGUCUCUCCGCUACGCGGGGAAAGCGAGCGGCGAGGUGCUGCCGCGGCUCACGCGCGCCUGGAAGCAGUUCUCUGCCACGUCCGAUGAGCGGGGAUGCCGGCUCGCCAUGGCGCAGGCUUUCCACGCCGCCGCGGAGAAGGUGCUGAGGGAGGACACGUCCGCCACGGGGAACGCGAGUCACGACCGCGAGCGGGAAGCGGAGGAGCUGGGGCGCUCGCUGCUGGACCGGCUAACGAUGCCCGUGAGCCUGCCCGACGGCUCGGAGCAGUUCUUCGGGAGCCCCGGCGACAUGGCCGCGGCGACGGAAGGGAUCCGCGAGAAGCUGCGGCUGCUGGAGCAGAGGCUGAGCGCUCCGUGCGGAACGCCCAACGGCGACUUCUAGCCACUGGCCCCAAGCGGCCUCCUCCGUUUCGCGCGAGCGGCCCCGGAUUGGCCUCCGGGCGACUUGCGUGCGGUCGCUCGCUCGCUGACGGCCGCCGUCCCUCCCCGCGCGGGCGGGCAACUGUGCGCGCUCACGGUGGCCCGGAGCGUCGGCUUGCAUCUUAACGCCCGGAGUAAAGACGUCUCGCCCGUUGUGGUGUGGUGACAAGGUCCUUGUUGGGUGGGGGGGGGUCAGUCUUUUCACGAACGCCUGGUUACACUGCACAGACUUCCGCGCGGGGUCUUUUGGCGGCCGGCCUUGAUGGUCUUCCGAUAACUUGGAACGAGAUUUUGUCAUUUGCUCGCCGUAUCUUACGGCGAGGUCUCCUGCGCCGCCCUACACCGUGGUAUAACGGCCCGGCGUCCUGUACACUACACCGUCGAGGUUUAUAAGCUGCCGAUGGCUUGUAUAUCAUGCUACGGUAGCCUGUGCGGUGUGUUGUUACACCCCACACCAUGGUGUGUAUAACGUGAUAUUCUGUACACCUUAGUGCCCUUGAUUUACACUGCACCUCGCUGCGGCACACACACACACACGCACUCGGUAUCCCGUACGUCUCGUACACCGUUUUGCACGCUGCGCGUACCGCACCGAGUCCCGUAUGCCUCCCCGUGCACACUGUGAGAGUUGACGGCUGUGUAAACUGCACUGCUAAGCACGCCUGCGCACUAACAGGCUGCACAACCAAGCCUACAAACGCGUUCCUCUCUUCGCCGGGUUUAUCCGGCGUACCGCCACCACCGCCGCCGCCGCCGCGGGUGAAUUUCAUGACGAAUGAAACGGCAGCGCGUGUGUGUGCGCCAGUCGCGUUUGCGUCUCGCGUUUACGAAAAGCAAUGUGGUCCGGUAUCGUGCAAGUGGCUUCCUAUGGUUCGGCCGCUGAUGCAGGGAUUUAAGUGACGAGCGAAGGGCAUGCGGUCAGAGAGCGGUGUCGAUUUUACUGAAGGACCUGCGGGAGUAGGGAGCGGAGAGUGAAGGGUGUAGCAAUGGGUCCCUGAACGUAGGAUAUUGGUGCGAGAAGAGUACAAGAGGGAAUCUGCGUUCAGGAUUGGUGGGGCCUACAGCACAUGUGUUGUCGCUGGGCUUUAAAGCGGCGAGAUUAGCGAACUCCCGUCCCUUUUUUGCAAUAAGUGAAAUAUUUGAGCAAUGACAAAUUGGAUUUUCGAUGGAAGUAAGUUGAUUGGUAAUUGCAAGCCUCUUCGGUUUUUUAAAAUGUAUAUUCUUGCAAGGUAAAGUACGGUUUAUCAUCUUAAAACAACGGGGCACAUUCAUUUUGUUGGAUUUUUCCAAGUGUUGCAGUGAAGGUGCACGCCGACUGCAUAUUAUUAAUGACGAUCGGGAUGGGUAUUUCUUUUUUUUACCUACUUGGGUAGAUGGUGGCAAUAUUUUCUACUCAGCCACAUUUCCCAUCGUGGUCACACAGCAGUCUUGAUUAACUUGAUAGUAAUACAUAAGUGCACGCUAAACUUCUUAAUCAAUAGAAGCUUCUUUCAGUGAUGUUAGGCUCCGGGUAAUUUUCUCUUAUUUAUUAAAAUAUUUCUUUUUUUUUUUAAGCAGGCUGGCCAUUUUUUUAACUUUUUUUUAACUAUUCGCUUGAUGCUAUAAAUGGUGCUGAAGUAAUAGCAAUUUAAAUAUUUUACUUAUCUGUAAUAAUUAUUCGAUCAUUAAUACUUUUAGUUGACGAGUUAUAGGUUAGCGUAUUCACGUUAUUUAAACAUUGAGCUGGCCUCGCCCUUGGAUUGUAGUGUUAACCAAGUACAGUACAGCUCUCAUUUUUCCACGUUAACACGUUUGAUUAUUUCCUAUAGCGUACUUUUUCUUGAUUCACAGAUGGUCACUAUUACUUUUAGAAGUUUUCCCAAUGCGUUUCGGCUUUGAUCGGCCGAUGUACAAUGUAUGAAGUAAUAGCAUUUCCUGAAUCUGCGUAAAUAUCACCGCAACGCUCAUUUUCAAUUGGUUCCUAUAUUGAUAUGUUUUGCCAAUCCCAGCGCAAAACGAUUCUCGUUUUGUGUGGGAGGCAAUUGGAGUGCCUGCCAUAAUAGGUUCUGUCGGCUUUGAAUAAGAAUAAGGUGCCACGGUGGCGAGAUGUUAACUACCUCGCCCGGUAUGCAAGAGGUCGUGGGUUCGAUCAUGUUCCGACGCCUGCUGUAUAUUUGGAGUUUGCAUACUCUCCCUGUGGUCGCGUGGAUUUUUCUCCGGGUCCUACGGUUUUUCCCUCCACAUUUAGAAUGAACAUGCGUUUUUAGAAUAUUUGGCUGCUAUAAAUUUUCACUUGAUGUUAAUCCACUUUCUUUGGGCUAUCAUUUGUGUGAUAGCCAGGUUGCUUCUGAAAAAGGGCUUUAGCUGGUAGUGGAAAUAUUUUUUUUAAUAAAAGGAGUAAUGCCUGGAGAAAACCCACACAUUCGAGGACGAUAUCACUCAAAACGCCACACAAAUAGGUCAGAAACUCAGUCACUUUAUUGGCCCCGUUGGCGGGCAUCUUCUCUUUUUGUUAUUUCUCCACAUAUAUCUGAGCCAGCCACCAACUCCCCCACCCCCCAAGUCUCUGCACUGCAGAGGGGGGAGGGGGGGAAGGGGGUACAUUCACAGGUGCCGCUCCUGGCAGUGAGUUUAUUAAGAUGAUGAUAGUUUCCUUCUGAGUAGUGCAACGGUUUGACAACGAGCAAGCGGCGUUGAUUUUUUUUGUGUACGAGCAAAGUGCAGCGCAGCGGUUCCAAGUUUUUGUUGAUGUUGGCUGUAAUUGAGACGCAUUGUGUCUCAGCGUAAUGAGACAUCCGGUGUUGCGGAAUCCCAUCGAUUUCAGAUUGCCGUGCCAGUGUGCUCCAUAUCUUUUAAAUAAUGGCGAAUGCUCCAUGUUUUCAAUGGACCACAGUUUGGAGUAUUUUGGUCACGAAGUAGUUGACCUAUGAAAUUCAGGGUAAGGCUUUAAACUAAAGUGAUUUUACAAGGGCAUUUACGUGGCAAGUUUAAAAAGAAUAUAUAUAUAAUUUGGAUGUUUUUUUGUAAAGCUGUAAAUGAUGAAAUUAAAAAUGUCUCGAGGGGAAUUGAAUAGAAGCUGCACGUUAAUUCCAUGCCCAGACUCAUGUAAUGAGAUGUAAUGGUGUAUUCUGUUAUUAUUUCUCAAUUAAGUGUUCGAAUAAUGUUGAGUCUGCACAAUAUUUGACAACUGUGUUCGAACGUUUUUCUCUCCCACAAACUUUCAGAUGUUGAUCUUGUUUUUAUAUCCAGUAUUUAAACACCUUUUUGUACCCUACCUAUAAUUUUGUAUUGUCGGCUUGAAAACCAAACAUGGUAGAUGUUAUGGAUGUUUCAUGAUUGUUAUUUUUAAUCGGAUUAUUGGCCAUUGCUCUCCGUGAGGCAAAGCGUCGCACCGCGUACGAACGCGUGCGUUAUGGAGCAUUGUGGGUAAAAAUCAUAUCUCCAACUCCGUUCUGUUUCUUCGCUUAUGAAUAUACACAUUUUCUGUUAGCCCAUCAAUAUAUUGGUUUUCCAGACCAAUAUCUCACGACAUUUGUUUAAACAACCAAAUUCUGGAGCGGUCUUAACCUUCGUUGGUUGCAUCAGCAGAGACACGGUUGUUAAAAAACAUUGUGUUUAUAUGUAUAUUAAAAUGCACCUGUUGUUUAGAGCCAGGCUAUUUCAGAGAACUUUAUUAUCAUCUUGCAAGUUCAAAAGCCAUGAACUGAAGGAAACCAGUUUAUGUUUAUCAGCAAACAUUCUGAACAUUGCUAAUGUUUUUCUAAUGUGGAAUGUUAAUUAUUUUUUUUAUAUUCUUGUUUUGGAAGUUCCGGUCGCAUUUCAUCCACCUGCAUUGUUUAAAACAAAUGUUAAACGUGGUCGUUCAUUGUAGCAUGUCACUGAAGUUGAGAGAUACACUACAAACGAACAUGUAUUCAUGAUAAACUGAAGUAUUCUUUUUUUGUAGUUUCUUAUCCGCUUUUGUUAAUUUAAAGGCACGCGGUCUCGGUAACCUCUACGUCACAAACUGUAAAAAAUGUAGAAAGUAAAUACAGUAUAAUUUUGUAGACUUUUAUCGUAGGGCGAUGUCUGUGUAGGAGGUUAGGCGAUGGCGAGCCGAGGGUAAACCGAAGCGUUGAGGCUCUAUAUUCUCAUAUUCCUGAACUCUUGCAGUUUAACGGGUUAUAAAAUGUGCAUGUUUCACUUACGUAAGCAGGUUCAACAAUAAAGACACAUUGUCUUGAUACCG